ACCAGGUUUUGUGGACUCUACUAUAGCUAUUUACACAUGUUUUUGUUAGGUAUACAGUUAAAUGCAUGCAUUACUGUAGCAUGUUGUCAUUAUUAAAAUAGGCUUUCUGAAAGUAGAUUGAUGAUAAGGAAAUCAAAGCUUGGAAGAUGCAGGGCCCUGUGGACUUUGAUGCUGAUUGUCAACAAGAAACCAAUAGCAAGCCCAGGAGUAUAGUGACAAGGGUACUUGAUCUACCCAAGAAGUUACGACGUCAACCGCCCCUGGUACAAACUGAUCAAAAUAUGGCUGCUUCAAACAGACUUGAGGAAGAGUUUUCCAGUUAUGAAGGGAGUUAUUCUUACUCCUCCUAUGAUCGCUUUGUUGCCCAGGAAAAGAAUUCAAAAUCUGUGGCAAGUAAAGUACAGAAGCAAUAUUGGAAGACCAAGCAAGCAAUGAUUAAGAAACUAGGCAAAAAAGAAGAUGAGUUUGUGGUAGCUGGCGAUGCUGAAUUAGAUGCUAAGCUUGAUUUUUUCAGCACAAUCCAGAAAACAUGUAUGGACUUACUAAGGGUUAUUGAAAAAUAUCAGGAUAACAUAUGUUCUCUGUCUCAAGAAGAGAACGCAAUGGGACGGUUCUUGAAAUCUCAUAGCGGACAUAACAAGACAAGAGCAGGGAAGAUGAUGGCAGCUGUGGGUAAAGCACAGAGCUCGGCAUCUGAACAAAGAUUAUCCUUGAGGGCGCCGCUAGUAAGAUUAUACCAAGAAGUGGAGACAUUCCGUUAUCGUGCUAUCUCUGACACACUUAUGACAAUUAAUAGGAUGGAGGCUGCAAGGGUUGAAUAUCGCGCUGCUCUUCUAUGGAUGAAGGAUGCUUCCAAAGAGCUAGACCCAGAUACAUAUAAGCAACUAGAAAAAUUUAGAAAGGUGCAAGCACAAGUUCGUAUGACUAAGAUGAAGUUUGACAAACUCAAGACCGACGUCUGCCAGAAGAUAGACUUGCUCGGAGCCAGUCGCUGCAAUAUGUUUUCACAUACGCUUGUUGCGUACCAGAAUUCCAUACUGCACUUCUGGGAGCGAACAUCGCGUACAAUGUCUGCGGUACAGGAGAGUUUCCAGGGCUACCAGCAUUAUGAAUUCAAUAUGCUCAAAGAUUUAACUGAAACUAGUAAACAACUGGCAAAAUUAUCUGGUGCUAAAGAUUUACUUCCGGAGGACGAUGAUGAGGCGAAAGAUGCACAGGGCAAACGAAGGAAGAGGAAAAACAGGCAGAAUGGAUUGUCAGAGAACGGUAGAAAAGCAUCAAAAGAGAAAGAGACUGGUGAAGGAGAUGAAGAUGCAGAAACUGCAGAAGAAAUCAUUGCUCCAGAGAAUGAAGAUGAAGAGGAAGAUGACAACGUAAAUGACAGAGAUAGGCUAAUAUCCUUUGAAGAAGAGAUUCGUGAACUUCAGAAACACAUACCUACACAGCAGCUGGGCGAGUUUGAAGAUGUGCUGGGCGGGCGUGACAGCAAUCCUUCCCAGCGCAGCAACGGUCAAGAUGGCUUCCAAAGCCUAGGAAACCAAGAUAUGUCUACUGAAGAUAACGGUGAGAUGAGUGCCUAUUUGAGUAUUUUAGGAGGUCAUGAAGAACCAUCCCUAUUGGAUCUAGAUUUAUCACCUGUUACCAUGGAUAUCCCAAGUGAAUUUAAUUCAGUUGAUCUUUUGGUGGAUGAGCAAAUGAUGGAAAGAACAGAGAAGGAAAGAAAUGACAUGGCAUUACUUAAUGAAAUUCUCAACACGCCGUCAAUCCCAUUGUAUAGUGAGGGUGCUGGUCCAUCUGAAAAUCUUUCAUUCUUUGGUGAUUUUGGUUCAAUAAUGGGUGAAGAGGGAAUACCAGAAUCGGCUCAGUUUCUGCCGUCAAUGCUCCUAGAUGUAAAUCAAAGUAUGGAUCAGUUAUCAUUACAAACAGGCUUGGCUGCAACUUCACAGGCUACCCUCCAACCAACUGAGACAGUCUCUCAGCAGAAUGUACAAACACCUGAAACACCAAGCCAAAAUUCAGGGCCUAGCAACAAGGUAGAUUCCAGCAAGUCUAAAGUCUUUAAUAAAGUCAGCAAAUCUGAUAUGUCAGCCUGGUUCGACCUUUUCGCUGAUCUAGACCCCUUAGCGAACCCUGAUGCAAUAGGUAAAGAUGGUGAUAAGAACCAGGGCAUCUAGGUGGAGACCGAAUCACCAGGCUGAUUAUUAUUAGUAUAUCCAUUUUGUGUAUUAUAAUGGUUCAGGAUGGUCUAGUACAUGGGUGUUCAAAACAAUUUGAAGUUACGCAUAUGUCAGAAUAACUGCUCAAUGAUUGGUCGGUUUGCUGAUGCACAAUUGUCAGGUUUGGUAACAUUUAUGUCAUAUUGUGUGUGUGUCCUAUUCUAAUUACUAAUUGUUAUUUAUUACAUAGAUGAGUCCACUGGCAUUGAUUGGUACAUUAUAUUCAAAUGUAUAGAUCUGUGUUUACACCUGAUUGUCUCAUUGGUAGAGACAUAAAAGUAGAAACCAGGUCAGUGGUUCCUCAUUCAUGUAUCAUUCCAAUGUCCUACACAUUAUUUUCCAAAAUCUUUAAUUUAUACUGCAUAAAUUGAAGGGAGAAAGAAUCGUGAAGUAAAAUUGAAAUGUAUGUGUAUGCCAAGUCUCAUGUUGUCCUAGAUAAAUCAACUCCUAUUAACUCUUAUACAGUAUAUGCAUUACUUAACGCUGAAGGGGUUUUUCACCUUAAUUUCGACUUAAAAUUAAAUUUGGCUGUUUAAAAGAUAAGCUUAAAUGGAAAAUUUGAAUAUUGUAAUAUCGUCAUAUUAUGAAUCCACAAAUGUUAAAGUUAAUUAUUUUCAUCAAAAAUAAGUUUCUGAGUGAUGUAAGUGUUUAAACUAAAGAUGUUUAAAAUCUGAAAAAUUUGUUUUCAUUCUUCUAACUUUCAGUUUUACUAAUACUAUUUUUUUAUAUUUUGUUUCAACUUUCUUAUAUUACAAAAAAUACUGGAGACAAAAUUGUAUUAAAAUGAUUUUUUCAAGUGAAUAAGAAUUUUCAUACUAACUGAACACCUUCUUACCUUACUUCUCGUUCAAAAAAAAAACAUGAAAUAGAAUUCAGUGACAUCUUGAAGGUCAAUAAUCACAUACUGAAAAAAGAUCUUGGUGUUUAUGGUGUUUAUUAUUCUUAUGGAAUAGUCUUUAAGAAGAACAAGUAUGAACUGCUCUAAAUUGUAAGACAUUCAAAAAGUUUUUUCCUCCCUAAAUAUCUUUUUUCCUUUUUUUCCUUCAAUCAAUCAUCUUUUUCAUUUUAAUUUUACGCUCACAAGUCCUUGUAGAAAAUCAUCCUCUUGGUGAGACAAGCUUCCCAUGUUUAAACAAAAUUUUAAUGAUAAUCUGUAAAUAUUGAGAGACUUGAAGAGACACACCCUGUCUUGAUGAGCUGGUAAGUCUGAAGAAUAUAAUCCAAUCUUAGAAUUGCAUAUUUUAUGUAUUUAGGAAGGUUAUUUUGCUUUCAUUUAAAAAAUAAAACAAGAAAUUAUUUUCCACCAUUAACAAAUUACCUAUCAAUAUUUUGGAUAGGCAUUUAAAAAUGCCUGAUAAACCAAUUUUUAAGCAUUUGUUUUUAAAGAUGCUUAAAUAAAUCAAUGAAAAUAAAUUGUUUUGAUCUAUUUUUCAUUUACAGUUGAUAACAUAAAUGAGCAAUUUAAUUUAUACUUGGGGUUAUUUUAAUCACAUACAGUCCAUCAAACAGUAACAAGAAUAUGCAUUUUGUGAGAGAAUUGGCUGUACACAGUGCAUAUCUAUAGUUUAUUGCAAAUAUUUUGCGCUUUUUUUUCUAGUAUGGUGUUUGCAUGUCUCUAAGCAACACAUUAAUACUCCCUGAUCAUUCCCCCACCCACACAUUUAAUUACAUACAUGUCUGUGUGUCUUUCUUUGUGAGUAUGUAUAUGUAUAUUUGUAAGCUGCAAAGAGAUAUAAUAUUACAACAAUUAUACACUAGGGGUAUUAAAUAGACAUUAGUUGGAUAUAGUUCUUUUCAAAGGGAGCUUUAUCAAUUAUGAAUUAAAGAUUAUAUGUGGGUUGUUGAAAAUAUAAAAUUGAAAACUUUGUUUUCAAAUUGCUUUGUUAUUUAUUCUGUUAAUGGUUAAUGUUAAUAUACUUAUAAUAUUUGUAUAUAAUGAAAUAAUGAAUUGAAAAUUGUUUGUUUUUUAAUUGAAUGUUAAAUGGAAAUCUUUAAAAUCUUAAUAUAUUUAUAUUGGUAUUGGGUUAUUUAGUACUACUCAACUUCAUGACAUCUGUAUGUUCAUUCUUUGAUUUGUGUUGUAAUUUUUCAGUAGGUUAAGGAGUUUAUUAUUGCCCAUUUAUAUUGACCUUUCAUUCUGAACUGUAGGAGUUUUCAGUUAAUUGUGGGAGUUAAUUGCAGAUACUUAUUUCUGGUAUACACAUCUUAAUUCUGUUAAUUUCACCUUAAAAACAUUUCGUACUUAUCAUUAAUAAUCUAGUAAAUUAUUUUAAAGGUGAAAUAAAGUAGUUUUAUUUGAUUUAAAGUAGGGCAGAUAGUCAAAUGAAAUAUUCAGAAAAAAUACUAACUGAUAUUGAUAUGAAUAUUCAUUACUUUACUUUUUUUUUUUAUUUGCAAAAUGAGAUUCGCUUUUAAAUAGAUUAAUAAUGAUGAUGAAGGUUGGUGAUGCCCAUGUUCUUAUCAUUCAAAAUAUUGUAAAAUAAACGCUGGCCAUGUGCUGGCAAACACAUU